AACGCAGACCAAAACUAGAGUCAAACUCGAGUCGAGCUGUCGAGCAAAAGUAACCUGUAAGCGAAAAACUGUUUCCAAACAUUACAUAAUCGCUACUAGAUUGCCUGCAGGUCCUGUCCAUACAGAUCGCUUAAGCUGGACCUUCUUUGGAGCAGCCGGGGAGUGUGAGGACCUCUGCAUCUGCAGAGGCUGGAUGAAGUCCGACAUACUUCUACAAAGCAGCAUUCGAUUCUCAGUGACCUGUUACGAGCCUCUUCUGUCAUUCUGAGAGCCUGCGUUUCCUCUUCUCGAUUGCCAACCAACAUGUCUCAAGCGGGCAGAAAACUGGUGAUUGCGAUUCCAAUUUUCGAUGGCAUCAUGGCGUUGGAUGCUAUCGGUCCAUUUGACUGCGUGCAGCAGCUUCCGAACGUGGAAGUCGUCUUUGUGUCACACAAGCCGGGCCCGUACAAGGCUUCUUAUGGAGCCCUGUCGUUGAUCGCCACUGCAUCGUUUGACGACGUUCCCAGUCCUGACGUGAUUAUCGUCCCCGGGGGUUCGGGUACCCGUCUGCUUCUGGAAGACGAACCUCUGCUGAAGUGGAUACAGAAGGCGCACGAGACGACAUUGUACACAACUUCAGUCUGUACAGGUUCUCUGCUGCUCGCCGCGGCGGGAUUGCUGAAAGGAGUGACAACCUCUAGCCACUGGAACGCUUUCACUCUGUUGGAAAGCUAUGGUGCCAAGCCGACCUCCAAGCGAUAUGUGCAAGAGGGGAAAAUUCUAACUGGAGCCGGAGUCUCAGCUGGAAUUGACAUGGGUCUCUUUCUGGUAUCUCUCUUAUCCGACGAAGAAACUGCCAAAGCGGUUCAGCUCUUUAUCGAGUACGAUCCACAGCCACCCUUCGACUGUGGUAGUGUUUCUAAAGCCACGCCUGAAAUUGUCGCCAUAGCCAAAUCCUUCGGUGCGCGCUUGCUGAACCAUGCUCAGCAACACUACAAGGCCUAGUGACGGACGGCGUUUAUGAGCUUGAGUGAAUCUGAUAGCAUCACCACUGACAACCUGUAAACAGACCGUACACUCUUUACAAAUAAAACUGCUUCUAUAUUGUACAUUACAAAAUGUAAGGUCUGAAGACAGGAUUCCAACCACGAGAACCACGGCCGUGCACAGUUUAAGGGAAAGGUGAUGGAGAGCUCUCGAGAUUGAGCGAGUUCUAUUUCAUAGUCAGUCAACGACAGACAAGGAAUCAACUGCAGUGCAAAUGCACAUGAAUGGUGCUGGCAAGGACAUUCCUGCACCUCUAGACUGUAGGAGGUGCAGAUGGCAUGAGUCGCCGAACGUAGAGAAGCAGACGACGCUUGGUUUCAAUUAGAAGCAAUCAUCGUUUGCAAUUUAACGAACACAGAUAGAAGAUGAACGUCUGCGUGCCUCACAUCCUGCCAUUUAUUUCUCCAGCCUCUAAGGAGAAUUUCCACAGAGCUUGAGAUUCAAAAUGGUGAUAUGCAAGCAUGAAAAAAAUAUCGCUCCGCGCUGAGUCGUUUCCUCU